AAAGUUCCUAGCUGCGGCUGCGCAGUCAGGAGGCAGCCAGCAUCAACAUUAUCUGACGCAUUUCUAUUGGUUGUGUAAGUAAAAACAGACAGACUGCGUUGAGACUCAGCGAUUCCAGUUCGUCAAAUGCAACAUACGGUAAAUAUGGCGGCUGAAUCGGAAUUUGAUGAAGAAGAGGAGCCUCCGUUCAGCGAUCCGGAGGAUUUUGUGGAUGACAUCGAUGAUGAAGAGUUGUUGGAGGAUGUUUUGAGGGAGAGACCUUUGGAGGCUGAUGGGAUUGAUUCGGUGGUCUUGGUGGACAACGUUCCUCAGGUGGGCCCUGAACGUCUGGAGAAACUGAAAAAUGUGAUCCAUAAAAUCUUCUCCAAGUUUGGAAAAAUCACUAAUGAAUUUUACCCUGAAGCGGCUGGGACGACAAAAGGGUAUAUCUUUCUGGAGUAUGCGUCCCCUAACCAUGCUCUGGAAGCUGUUAAGAAUGCAGAUGGUUACAAGCUGGACAAACAGCACACAUUCAGAGUCAAUCUGUUCACCGAUUUUGACAAGUACAUGAAUAUCAGUGACCAGUGGGAAACCCCCGAAAAACAGCCAUUUAAAGACUUUGGCAAUAUGAGGCACUGGCUUGAGGAUCCAGACUGUCGUGAUCAAUACAGUGUAAUCUAUGAAUCGGGAGAGCGAACUACCAUAUUUUCCAGUGACCCGAAGGAGCCGAUCCUGGUUGAAGAGAGAGCUCGCUGGACAGAGACUUACGUCCGCUGGUCACCCAAAGGGACAUACCUGGCCACCUUUCACCAACGAGGAAUUGCAUUGUGGGGUGGAGAGAAGUUCAAGCAGAUACAGAGAUUCAGCCACCAGGGUGUCUCUCUCAUUGACUUCUCCCCAUGCGAGAGGUAUGUGGUGACGUUCAGCCCACUGAUGGAUACUAAAGAGGACCCUCAAGCCAUCAUCAUCUGGGACAUCCUGACCGGACAGAAAAAACGUGGCUUCCAUUGUGAGAGUUCGGCACACUGGCCUAUUUUUAAGUGGAGUCAAGAUGGAAAGUUCUUUGCCAGAAUGACACAAGACACUCUGAGCAUCUAUGAAACCCCGUCAAUGGGUCUGCUAGAUAAGAAGAGUUUGAAAAUAAGUGGAAUAAAAGAUUUUUCUUGGUCACCGGGAGACAACAUUAUUGCCUUUUGGGUCCCGGAAGACAAGGACAUUCCAGCCAGGGUAACGCUCAUGCAGUUCCCAUCCCGUUUAGAGAUUCGGGUGCGAAAUCUUUUCAACGUGGUGGACUGCAAGCUUCAUUGGCAAAGACAGGGUGACUACUUGUGUGUGAAGGUGGACCGAACACCCAGAGGAACACAGGGUGUUGUCACAAAUUUUGAGAUUUUCCGCAUGAGAGAAAAACAGGUUCCUGUUGAUGUGGUAGAGAUGAAAGAGAGCAUCAUUGCAUUUGCCUGGGAGCCCAAUGGCAGUAAGUUUGCGGUACUACAUGGAGAAUCACCCAGAAUAAAUGCCUCAUUUUACCACGUCAAAAGCAAUGGCAAGAUUGAUCUCAUCAAGAUGUUUGAUAAGCAGCAGGCCAACAGUAUCUUUUGGAGUCCUCAAGGUCAGUUCCUGGUACUGGCAGGACUGCGCAGUAUGAAUGGUGCUCUUGCAUUUGUGGACACGUCAGAUUGUACCAUUAUGUAUAUCGCAGAGCAUUACAUGGCCUCUGAUGUGGAAUGGGACCCUACCGGCAGAUAUGUGGUGACUUCUGUUUCCUGGUGGAGCCACAAGGUGGACAAUGCAUACUGGCUUUGGACAUUCCAGGGACGUCUUCUGCAAAAGAACAACAAAGACAGAUUCUGCCAGUUGCUAUGGAGACCACGCCCUCCUACUUUACUAGGUCAAGAGCAAAUAAAGGUGACAGGCUUUUCUACUGUUUACAUUUGUAACAUCUACACAAUUUUCCAGAAAAUUUCCUUCGGGGGAAGUCGUGGCCUAGUGGAGUUAGUGGAUAAACGUCGUUUGAUGAUGGAAGAAUACAGCCGGAACAAAGAAAGUGCCAUUCAGCUUUACAACCAACAGAGGGAGCUGCGCCUUCAGCUCAGAGGAGGUGUGGACACAGAUGAACUGGACAGUAAUGUGGAGGACUGGGAAGAGGAAACCAUCGAGUUCUUUAUCAGUGAAGAGAUCAUUCCUCUCGGAGAUCUAGAAUAGACCUACACAGAAAGCACUACUGUUUCCAGCUGUGAGACAAAAUUAUCACCCCCAGAGAGUACCACCAGUCCUUUACAAGUGCUUUGUAUGACAGAUACACCGAGUAUGUUUAUAUGCGCAGUUAUAAUCAAGCUGGUUUUUGCACAGUUGAGCAAAAAGUUCACACACGUACAUAAUCAAAUAUUUAAAGGAAGAAAUAUUUUGCAAAAACCGGACUGGUAUGAUUCUAGUCGGAUUAAAUGACUUACAUGACAUUUUAAACAGACAAAUUAUUGUUUAAAUCUGACUAAAAUCAAACUUUUAAAGUGCAAGUAAACACGAUUACUGAUUCACACUCAGUAUAUUCCUGCUGAGAAGGGAAGUUGUUUGAUUCUAAUAUGAGUUUAAGUAAGAGCUCAUAUUCUUCAUAAUCCCCCUUCAUACAAUUUUCUUGUGGAUUCACUGAAAGAAGUAAAAGGCAGUGAUUUAUCAUUUGCUAUUCUUACUGACAGAGCAAGAUACUUCUCAAUAACCAGUGGUACUGUUUUGUGGGUUAUCAUUUCUCCAAAGAAAACAUGUCUGAUACAAGAGAGGAAUUUCUUUUGGCUUUCUGUGGUCUGGUCUUUCAUAUAAGAACAUUUUGUUUACUAGGGAAAUCUUUUCAUAAUGCAAUUUUUUUCCCACCAUCAUUCCAAUGGAAAUACUUAUAGACAUCAUGGAAUUCUCACUCGUGACUUGGCAUGUGCUGCAGACAGUAUCAGGAGGAAUAAUGUCAAAUCCAAGCUGCACUUGUACAGGAUAAUUCUAAAAUUAUAAUGGAAUUUUAACACAGUAAAAGCAUUACAACAUUUGAUAGGCAAGUAUAAUUUAUGAAUUUAGAAACGAUGUCUUCACAAGCAUCAUAAAAAAAAAUUAUAUAAAAAUUUUCUUUGUAUUUUAUUUAAUUUACUUCGUUUUAUUUUACUUGAAUUUCCCACAAACUGAAAUUGUUUUAAAGCCUCCAUACAAACAUACAAGAUUGUGUGUUUACUCCUAUAGUAAAUGUAAGUGACUUGACGUUUCUCCUGUGGUUUAAUUUUGUUAAAACACUAUC